AUGCUUCUACAUCUUCAAGGUUACGAUGUAGUCAUCAAAUACAAGCCUGGACGUGAGAUGUUGUUAUCAGACGCAAUGUCAAGACUCAAUCCCCUACGAGGUCCGACUAUAGAAACACCAGUGCGCAUCGAUCAUGUCAUGUUUUCUGAAGAGAAGAUUCAGCAAGAAUAUGGAAAGUCACAAACACCAGAACCACUACAUCCUCAUGACAUCCCGACAAGACCUUGGCAAGUCAUCGCAACCGAUCUAUUUCACCUAGAUGGGAAGGAGUAUCUGUUGGUUGCGGACAUCUACUCCAAGUUUCCAAUCGUGAAGAAACUCCAGCAUACAACAAGUGCCAAUAUCAUCGAUUUGAUCAAAGAAAUAUUUUCAGAACAAGGCACACCUGAAAAGGUAUUGAGUGACAAUGGCCCACAAUACAGUAGUGCACAGUUCAAGACCUUCGCUGAAGAAUGGAGGUUCACUCACAUAACCUCAAGUCCAAGAUACCCCCAGUCCAACGGUUACAUUGAACGACUGGUCAAGUCCAUCAAGACGACAAUGAUGGAAGCAAAGCAAGCCAAGCAGGACAUCAACAAAGCCUUGCAAUACUUGAGAGCCACUCCCAUUGACCAUCACCAGCAGAAAUACUGUUAG